AUGGAAGAAGGGUUUAUAUUAUUAUCAACGGAAGUGAAUAAAAUUGUGGAUCCAUUUGUUGAUUCGGGUAACUUGCUUAUCGUCGAUAGAGAUCCCUUGAUAGAUGAGGGUUCAACAAACAAGCCAAAUGAGGAAGAGUUAUCAGCAAGAAUACGAGAUAAUACGCAAUUUUUGUUUAACAAAAUCUGGGAACUAGAGAGGAAACGGGUUGAUGAAGCUAUCUGCGCAAAGUUGCCAGCGCCAUUAUUUCGACUCCCUCGAGAAAAACCUUUGCCAUCUCAGCGUCAGCUAACGAAAUGGGAACAAUAUGCACAGCAAAAGGGAAUACGGAAGAAAAAGAAAGAUCGAAAAAUUUUUGAUGAACAAACUCAGGAAUGGAAAGUGAGGUAUGGAUAUAAAAGUGUCAAAAACAAUAAUGCCAAAGACUGGCUAAUCGAAAUACCGGACAACAAAGAUCCUAUGCUUGAUUAUUUCGAUGAACAGCAAAAAGCAAAGAGAGAAAAAGUGGACAAAAAUGAAAUGCAACGCUUACGCAACAUCGCUCGCUUAAAAGGAAUUUCAUCCGCGAACGCGACUCCACUUGGUAUUGCCGUUGAUUUAAAGGAUCGGAGUAGACAUGAGUUAGUAAACCAGAUAAAUCGAGCGCGAUAUUCUACCGCAUCUCACGGUGCAUUUCAACCUGCAGUUAAAAAUGAAAAGAAAUUGCUGAAGACGGGAAAACAUCACAAAUACGAACCCAAUGAGAUAGAUGUUCAUGGUGAACAAAAAAAGCAGUUGCAAAUCUUGGAUAACUUGUCUUCCAAAAAGAGCAUUUUAAAUGAAACGCUUUUGGCAGCAAGUCACCGGAGCAAUCAACAACAAAAUGCGGACAAAAACCAUAGUAAGGAGCCGAAACGGUCGAAAUCGGCUAUUCAUCGACAGCAGCAUUUCCAAAAUAAGGUGAAAAAGAUGAAAAAAACACGAGGAAACAGCCUGAAAGUGGGGAAGCAAAAGAAAGGUCGAAAAUAG